CUGGCGUCUGAUGCGGAGGAAACGAUAAUCGAUUUCAUGACGAUUGGAGACCUCCCGGCGCCAGCAGAAACAGCUAGCAUGUCUGAUGCUAUGUAGGGGGUUUUAUUAGAAUUCACAGAAACUUCAUGUAAUGGAAUCAAGUUUAUUUCGUCAUUCGCGAAGCACGGCGUGUCCUAGGUCAUCUGAGGCGUUGGAUUCCAAAAGCCAUGUUUAGCGCUUUGGUCGUCUGAAAAGCAGAGUCGCAACUUAAAGCCAUGUUUAGCACGGCAGCGCGGCUGAAAGAGCGACAGGGGAGGAGCGGAACGUCGCGUCUCGAGUACCUUCAGGCGCUGGUUACUGAGUUUCAGACAACUCAAGACGAAGAGGCUAAAGAACAGAUUGUCGCCAACCUAGCAAAUUUCGCCUAUGACCCGAUCAACUAUGACUACAUGCGUAAGCUGAAUGUGUUUGAGCUAUUUCUUGACUGCUUGACCGAGGAGAACGCAAAGCUCAUUGAUUUUGGUAUGGGGGGACUCUGCAACGCCGCUGCAGAUCCAGUCAAUGCAGCAGGUAUCGCCACUGCUGACAACAUCCCCCUUAUAGUCGAUUGCUUAUCAAGUCCGGUUGAAAGCACUAUCCUGUCGGCCCUUGCUUGCUUGUAUUACAUCUGUACCCCUCGCACCCGAUCGUUAAUUCUUACCCCCAACCUGCUUGAAAGCAUUAACUGCUUUGCUGCUGACUCCUGCCCCACUCCUUGCCUUCGCAAUCUCGCCCUUUGCUUUAUGAGACAACACGUAGGGCCUGCCCCCGCUCCUGAAUCUAAUGCAUCUCUAGGCCGGAAUUAAUCAUACUAGCCUGCCUGGCUCUUCGUUUUCUUGGAAGAUGGAGAAUAUUAGUCUUAACAUUAUGGCUUAUGGCACUUGUUGCUUAUUGCUUAUCUUAGAUUCACAAAUGGCAGUUACGUGAUA